UAAACCGCAUCCGCGUAAAAAAUCGGUGUACAUACUAUAUAUACAGUACAUCGUCUAGUACAUACAGCUGCGCAUGUAGUAGAAUUGUACGCAAUGUAUGUGUGUGUGUGUAUAUAUGUAUGUACAGGCGAAGGUGGGUCGGUCACCUGGAGAUAACUGUAAAAUGUCAUCAACGACGAAUGUGUGUCAGGCACAGGCAUGGAUCUGACGCUGUUCGGUGACACUCGUUGUUGGAUCUGUUGUCACAAUGAUUAUUUGGUUUCGCCAAAGUUAAUUCGAUCGAAAACAAGGCAGCUAUAACCGUGGUGGUGGACCGAACAAAACUCGUAUCGAUUCACUUUGAGCCCCCGGAACAACAAGACAGCACAGCUGACAUGGAAGGACCAGAAGUAACAUUCUUAUUUCAAUUUGGUUUGAUUCGUGACACUGUCACGGUCGACAGCAGUACCUUGACUCUCAAGACUCUCAAGGAAUUCGCCUGUGACUUUAUAAACACCAAGUGUCCUGAACACGGUUUAAAUCAUUUGUUCGAACGAUUGCUUUUAUUGAAGCACGAUUAUAAUUCUACCAAUAUCUUACAACUAGUAACAAAUGCGACCGAAGUUGUCGAUGAAACAUUGGUAGAAAUUGUUCUCAGUGCACAAGUGCCAAACGAGGAGGUUCCCAUUCGUCCCCACGCUUUGACCGUUCAUUCGUACAAAGUUCCCACCUUUUGUGACUUCUGCGGAGAGAUGCUGUUUGGUCUCGUUCGACAAGGUUUAAAAUGCGAAGGUUGUGGAAUGAAUUACCAUAAGAGAUGCGUUAUAAAAGUACCUAAUAAUUGCUCACACGAUGCCAAUAGUCAAAGACGACGUAAUUCCACAAUGUUGAACGUACCAAGAUCUCCGAGUCAAGGAUCUACCAGUAGUUUGACCAGCAUCAGUGACGAUAAUCAUAGUACAAACAAUACACCAAAUGCAAGUCAAAAUAACAGUACUUUGACAAUACCCAGCAUCACAAUGGCUCCAAAGCAGUCUCGCUCUCCUUCAUUGGGGGGUGGUGCUGGUGGUGUUGCUGGUGGUGGAAGACCAGUGUGGGUCGAACGGGAGCUCGCAACGCGUAUAAAAAUUCCGCACACGUUCGUACUGCACACUUACACCAGACCGACCGUGUGCGGAUACUGUAAAAAAUUACUGCGUGGUUUAUUUAAACAAGGCCUACAAUGCAAAGAUUGCCAAUACAAUGCGCACAAGAAGUGCAUUGAAAAAAUACCUAAAGACUGUACCGGAGAGAAUCCACGAGACAAUACAGGUAACGAAUAUCCCGACAGCGGUGUAGGCAGCGAGCCAGAAGGGAAGUGCGACGGUAGAAACGACGAAGGUGACGCCGACAGCGACGCCGAAUCUCCUUCACCUCCUCAGCAUUCAUCCUUCGCAGCGGACGAAACUAAAGCACUCGCCGCCGAGUAUACUGAACAAGUCCCAGGAGCAGGCAACCAGGAUGAUAUUACUUACGACGAAUUUCAAAAGUCGAGACCCUCGAGCUGCAGUUCUACACCAAGCAAUAAUAUCCCUUUAAUGCGCAUAGUGCAAAGCGUCAAGCAUACUAAACGCCACGGUGGCGGUUCGAAGAUCCUGAAAGAGGGUUGGAUGGUACAUUUUACAAGUCGAGAUCCAAUGAGAAGAAAGCAUUACUGGCGACUCGAUACGAAAGCGAUAACGUUAUUUCAAAAUGAAAAUAGCUCGAAAUAUUAUAAAGAAAUUCCGUUGGUCGAGAUACUGUCCAUCGAAACUGCCGAGACGUCCCGUUGUCAGCGGGCAAUGCAUUGCUUCGAGUUAAAAACUCCUACCGUCGAUUAUUACGUCGGAGAAGAUCCGUCGUAUGCGGCAGAUAAUUGUAGUCAAAUUCCUCGGCAGCAGCAGCCGCUACCGCCGCCAGAGAGUGGAAUCGGAGCCCACAUAGCCAGAUCAUGGGAAACCAGUAUCAGGCAAGCUCUCAUCCCCGUAACUACCGUCGUCGUAUCCGCAACCGGUCAGACAGCGACAGAACAACAACCAGCAGCAGCAGCAGCGGAACAACAAGGACGUACGGAACCUGAAGAAGAGAACCUGAUCACGGACAUGUCUCAGUUGUACGAGAUCUUCCCGGACGAAGUCUUAGGUUCCGGACAGUUCGGUACGGUGUACGGUGGUGUCCAUCGAAAGAGCGGUCGGGCGGUCGCCAUAAAAGUAAUCGAUAAAUUACGCUUUCCUACGAAACAAGAGGCCCAACUGAAAAACGAGGUCGCUAUACUACAGAAUCUCUCGCACAGCGGUGUCGUGAAUUUAGAACGGAUGUUCGAAACUUCGGAACGAAUAUUCGUAGUUAUGGAAAAAUUGAAAGGCGACAUGCUGGAGAUGAUACUGAGCUCCGAGCGGGGCCGCCUGAGCGAGAGGGUAACCAAAUUCUUGAUCACGCAAAUAUUGGUAGCGUUGAAACAUUUGCACAGCAAGAACAUCGUUCAUUGUGACUUGAAGCCCGAGAACGUGUUGCUGAGCAGCGGCGACAGCGAAUUCACGCAAGUGAAGCUGUGCGACUUCGGUUUCGCUAGGAUCAUAGGAGAGAAAAGUUUCAGAAGAAGCGUCGUUGGCACUCCGGCGUAUCUGGCACCGGAAGUUUUGCGUAACAAAGGAUACAAUCGAUCUCUGGACAUGUGGAGCGUGGGUGUAAUCAUUUACGUAUCCUUGAGCGGUACAUUUCCAUUCAACGAAGAAGAAGACAUCAAUGAACAAAUUCAAAACGCAGCUUUCAUGUAUCCGCCCAAACCUUGGCAGGAAAUCUCGUUCGACGCAAUCGAUUUAAUCAAUAAUCUAUUGCAAGUAAAACAAAGGAAACGUUAUACGGUGGAUAAAAGUUUGCAACACGUUUGGCUUCAGGAUCAUCAGACAUGGUGCGAUUUACGAGAAUUGGAAGCGAAAGUGGGAUAUCGUUAUUUAACUCACGAAAGCGACGAUGCCCGGUGGUCGGCGUACAGUACAGGCCAGCGCACAUGACAAAACUCUUCGCCUGACAUCAACACCACCACCACCACCACCGAAUCAAACAUCGAAUCGUUGCCAAAUACUUUGUCCACGCAUCACAAAGGCUGGGCUCGAAGCGCUCGAGCCACGUUGCGACGUUUCAUUCGUGCUUGACUCGACGACGUUUGACGACGAGCAACAACAAGGAAUAAACGUACUACCGAACCGCAGGAAGAUCGCAGAUCUUGAACAGUAACGGGCAAAUGGUAUCCGACAACAACAUUCCUGCUGAGCAUCGCGUCCAGAAGAAACGACGACGACGAUGGUGACCAGAUAUCGAGAAGAGCAACAGGAGCUGCACGUUCUCGCGAAAGUUCGCAAGGAAUUUUAGUAAGGGACAGUAAUCGCGCGCGUCGAUAUCGUAAGAUAACCGUGACACAACAAUUCUUCCGUAGUUAGUAAAGCGUGAAAGAUACUUAAGAGAAAGACAGACACGAUAUACUCGAGACAUUUUCGAACAACAAUUAUUCAUCGCUCGUGAUUCGAUACCACGACGACAACAACGAGAUGACAGACGGGUAGUCGUUUCCGUUUCGUUCCAUUACUUUAAUAGAAAAAGAUAUAUACACAUACAUAUAUACAAACAUACAAACAUAUAUAUAUAUAUAUAUUUAAAGAAUAUUUUACCACUAAACGCGCAAUAUAUACAUAUUUUUCAGCUUAACGUAGAAAUAUGUAGCAUGUUUUAUAAUCAAGCACGAAGGUUGCUUAAGAGCGGUAGAAGGACGGUGAUCAGAUGACGACGAAACAGCAGUGCACAGCGGCGUGUGCAAACUAUAAAACAUACUGUAUAGAUUUCUUUUAUACAAACGUCCGUCGACGUUCAUCGGCGGGGGUAUGGGGAUACGAUGGGAGUAGAAAUCGCGUAAUUAUCGCGUACGAACUUUUUAACUCUUCAGAAAUUAAAUUAACAUUCGUAGAAGUAUAUGCAAAGUUAUCCUGUACGCACAGCCUGCAGUAAUAGCCAACUAACCGUACUCACUCGGUGACUUUUCUUCAAAGCGUCUAUUAAACUCGUAAGCGAUAGAAGCUUCGACGUUUCGUAUCGCGUCGUAUCGCACGCGUCAAAUUCCUCGAAGGAGCAAGACGCUCGCUUCUCUUUAAUCGAAUUCGAACUCUUCUUAAACGUUCUCCUCGAUCAGUAACAAUUAUCAUCGACCGUAAAGACAGGGAAAUCGGUAGUACUACUACCCAGGCGCGAUUAGCGUUUUGCAUUAGAAACAGCAACAACGACCGAAAUUCAUUCAUUCUCUGCUCGACGACGAUCGAUACGCAGCAGCGGUAGCAACACAUUCCAUUCAAAGGGUGCAGAAUCAGAAAGGUGUGACGAAGACACCGCCGAUCGAUUCGACGCAUCUCACAGUUCACACACGUUCAUUCCUUUCACGUCCGUCGUGCUUCCUCUCAUCGUCGGUAAACGCAUAAUUAGUAGGAUCAACGACGAUGGAUCACACGGACGGUGGUUCACACACAGUGUUCGCAUUUUCGCACACAGCACCAACAACUGAAACACUCCACAAAUACUCGACUAUUAUUUUUCUAUUACGUUUUUGCAACAUUUGUACUCGUCACGCGCGACGUGUAACAAGCAACGUCGGACAGAGAGAGAGAGGCGACAGGAAACGCGAAACAAACGUUCGAAAAACGCUAAUAUCGAAGAUGAAAUGAAACUCGAACAAGCGUACCGUACCGUACGUCUCACACCUUCGUCGCAACAAAGACGGAAACACUUUUAAUUACUCGUACAUGUACGUCGCAGCGGAGGAACACAGGCGUCGGAACGUAACGCAAAGAGUCGAAUGAUUAUUUCAAACAACGAACGAUUACCACGAAAAUCGUUUAGGAAACGACGUUCGAAAGUAGAAUGCCCUCUCGUACGCGUAUCGCUAUCCAUUAACGGCACGAUCACACAUACAAAUCGUCGAUCGUUUGUACAUAUUACCGAUUCAUCAUAACGAGUUGACGGAUAUUCAUCGUCAAGUUUUAUAAAAGUAUUGAAUUUUAUAAAAUGCAUCAACAAUGUAAUUCGUUUAAACUAUAAGUUUGUAAUAUUAUUCGUAGUUACAGGCAGUUAACAAACAAACAGUACUUAAAAGACAGUAAUAACAAAUCGAAUCGAGUAAGUAACAGGCAAGUAAAACAGAACUAACAAAUUUUCAUAUAAAACAUUAACAAUGUUACGACAGUGUACUCACGACGGAGAUACAAAUAAAUAAAUGCCGAAGCAAA